UUUGUCUUGCCUCCAAUUAGCAACAUUUUUCAAGUCUUGUUCCCAUUCACUCUCUUCCAUCACCAUUAGCAAAAGAAGAAUCAAGAGCACCAUGACUAGACCAUGUUUCACUUUUUUCUUAUUUAUUACAAUACUACUACAACUAAACAAAUUCUCCAUUUCUUUGUUAGAACAAGUACCAAGUCCACCAUUACCAAUUCUCCCACUCCCAACAUAUUCUCAAUUAAAAUGGCAACAAAGAGAAAUCAUAAUGUUCCUCCAUUUUGGUGUCAACACAUUCAGUAACAGUGAAUGGGGUACAGGCCAUGAAAGCCCAUCAAUAUUCAAUCCAAUUGGGCUCAACACUACCCAGUGGGCCCAUGUGGCAGAAGAAGCAGGAAUUUCAUUGAUGAUAUUAACUGCUAAACACCAUGAUGGAUUUUGCUUAUGGCCUUCAAAGUACACCAAACAUUCUGUCAUUAGUAGUACAUGGCAAAAUGGUAAAGGUGAUGUUGUUCAAGAGUUUGUUAAUGCAGCCACUGAUAAAGGAAUAGAUGUUGGAAUUUAUCUUUCACCAUGGGAUAGACAUGAUUCUAGAUAUGGUCAUGAUUUGCUUUACAAUGAAUAUUAUUUAGCUCAAUUGCAAGAAUUGCUUAAAAAAUAUGAAAAUGUAAGGGAAAUAUGGUUUGAUGGAGCAAAAGAUCCAUCGGCACAAAAUGUAUCAUAUUACUUUACAGAUUGGUUUGGUAUGGUGAAGGAGUUACAGAGUUCUAUCAAUAUCUUCUCUGAUGCUGGUCCUGAUGUUAGAUGGGUGGGAGAUGAAGAUGGGGCUGCAGGGGACACGUGUUGGUCUACCAUUAAUCGAACUUCUUUAUCAAUUGGGAGUCCAAACAUAACUUCAUAUAUAAACACUGGUGAUCCAAGAGGAACGGAUUGGUUACCAGCAGAAUGUGAUGUUUCAAUUCGUCCAGGAUGGUUUUGGCACAAAUCAGAAUCACCAAAAAAGCUAAGUGAACUACUUGACAUUUAUUACAAAUCCGUUGGAAGAAAUUGUGUUUUACUUCUUAAUGUACCUCCUAAUACAACUGGUCUUAUAUCUGAAAAUGAUGCUCAUAGAUUAAAAGAAUUUAGAAGUGCAAUUAAUACAAUAUUUUAUCAAAACAUAGCUGAAAGUUCUUAUGUUAAAGUUAGUAGCCAAAGAGGUGGAAAAGAAGGAGGGUUUGGACCAGAAAAUAUGCUAGAUAGUGAUCAUUUAUGGUCAUAUUGGGCCCCAAAAGAAGAUAAUAAGGAAAAUGACCAUUGGAUUGAAAUUUGGGGUAAAGACGAUGGAAGGUUAAGAUUUAAUGUGAUUAGAAUACAAGAAGCAAUUGGACUUGGUCAAAGGAUCCAACGGUAUGAAAUAUAUGUGGAUGGUAAAGGGAUAAUCAAAGGGACAACAAUUGGUUACAAGAGGCUUCAUAGGCUUGAUGGAGAUGUUGUGCAUGCACAUUUUGUGAGAAUUAAAUUCAUAGAGGCAAAAGGAGUGCCUCUUAUUUCUUCUAUUGGUUUGCAUUUUGAUCCUUUCUGGCACUCAAGGUUUACUCCAACCUGAAGAACUUUAUUAAUAUUAUUUACAUAAAUAAAUAUGAUCAGAGAAAUGAUAACAAGUGUUUUUUAAAGACACUCGUUAAGUAGACCGAGAUUUCAAACGGAAUUUUAUCAAUAAUAUAGGAGUUUAUUUUAUUUAUAUAUCAUGCACAUGUUGAUUGUAACUCUUUACAUAAAGAAGUAUUUCAUCCA